CCUUUUUAUUUUAGUUCAAGUUCAAGAAUUCUGUCAAAACACAAGUGAAUUGCUCGGCAACCAAACCCUCAAUUAGUGAAAGUUUCUUCGAAUUUCAGUUUGAAAACUUGCACAUCUGAUUUCCUGAUUUGUGAUGACCAUUAACAUCAUCAUUGCCACUUUCUACUUGGCAAAGACGCGGAUCUAUUGCCUUCAAUUUGGGGCCCUGAUUAUUAUAAACUCCUCCAUUCUUUUUAGACAUUAAACAACCACCUACCUAAAAAUGCUCUCCUCAAUUGGCCGCAAUAUUUCAAGACAUUUCUGCAAAAACUUCACAAGCUCCGCAUUUGCAAGUGUGGCUGCUAACUCCAAGACAUCAGAUGUCGAUCCGCAACAUGAGGCCAUGCUUAAAGAUCAAUGUUUUCUGGUGGAUGAGAAUGAUAAAAUCAUAGGGCAGGCCAGCAAAAGAGAUUGCCAUCUGGUCAGUAAGGAUGGCACCAUACCUUUACAUAGGGCAUUUAGUGUGUUUUUAUUUAAUAAGAAAGGGGAUCUUUUGCUGCAAAAGAGAAGUUCAGAAAAGUUAACAUUUCCAGAUUGCUACACAAAUUCUUGUUGUAGCCACCCAUUAGCUAAUUUUCCAGGCGAGGAAGAGGAACAAGAUUCUUUAGGUGUUAAAAAAGCUGCUUUGAGAAGACUUAAUUUUGAAUUAGGAAUUCCUUUGGACUCUAUUGGUAUAGAUAAUAUACAUUAUAUUACACGGGUACAUUAUUUUGAUGAAGGUAAUGGAAAAUAUGGAGAGCAUGAAAUAGACUAUGUCUUGUUCAUUCAGCAAGAUGUCAAAUUGAAACCCAAUUCCCAUGAAGUUUCAGAAAUAAGUUUUAUUCCUAGAACUGAAUUUGAUGAUUUCAUACCUACUUUGACAGGCCAAUGGACCCCUUGGUUUGCUUUAAUUUUAAAACAUAGGUUAAAGUAUUGGUGGGAUAAUCUGAACAAUUUGGAGGAAAUCAAAGAUCACAGUAAAAUAUUAAGAUUUACUAAAAAACCUGAAAAAUAAACCCAAUAGUUAGAUUUAAUAGGAGGCAUUAAAAACCUAGUCAAGAAAUAAUUUUAUUUUGAAAUUGUAGCUAAAUAAAUUGGGAUUUGAACAAUUG